CUGGGAUACGUGGCUGUCCCAAGAACACACAAGUCUCCUCCGAUGCAUCCUCGGUCAAAGGGGCGCGGCGAGAACAACAUCCGGGCAUGUGGACGUUCUUGGCUCGAUGCGUUCUUUGUAUGUGAACGGUACUUUGGCCACGACUGAUCACGAGAACGCAAGUAUAGAGAAGAACGCACAUUGAGGAACGGCCAGUGAGUUUGCUGCUCGGCUGUUUAUUUUCUGUACGAUGUUUUGCUGCAAGGGUCAACGGUCACAUCCUGCUCCCGAAAACACAGACUGUCUAAUCAGAGCCGAGUGGGCGGUGAUGUCAUCAGCAAACCAGAGGUACCAUGCCAUCAGCCCUGUCACUCUGCAGCUGGUAGGCGGGGCUGUGAGCUCCAGUCUGUACUGUGGGGAGGUGGAGGGGCUUUCAGGGGAGGGGGCGGGGCUGGUGGAGGCCUUCCUGGUGGAGCUGUAUCGCUGUAGACUCUGUCAGUUCACCUGCGCCCUCAAGACCUCCAUCAGCAGCCACCUUCUGCACAGGCACCGCCCCCCUGCCCUCACCUACCUGGGGGACACUGAAGAAGGGGACGGGGCCGAGGGUGGAGAGGAGACAGGGCUCCAGCAGGGGGCGGCGCCCUAUCAGCUGGAUCUGAACGGACAGUCGAAGCAGAGCGACGAGGAUGAGGACUUCCUGCUCUACAACAUGCUGGACAACAUGAGCCCGCCCCCCUGUGACAUCACCACGGAGGGAGGGCUGCAGGUCGCACACACCUGUGAGGUCAGCACUCUGUUCGAGGAGGAAGUGGAGGAGGAGGUGGGGGGGGGUUCAGUGGAUCUCUCAUGUCCCAUUGACCCCCCCUCCACCCAGGAGGAGAUGGAUCAGUCUGCUCACCUCAUGACUCUCGGACUGUGUCGCAUCUCAGCCGCAAGACCUCAUCCCCCCCUCCCCCCCACACCCACCCAGCCCCCUCCCCCACCUGAAGACCCCCCUGUCAUGUCCCAGCCGGAUGUGAAGCAGACAUGUCAGACGUCACACGUCUCCACGACGACGAGGAGACGGAAUCUGCCUUGUUUCCUGUGUCCCGUGACGCUGCCGUCCAGGCGGGUGCUGGACGUCCAUGUCCGGUCGCACCGAGCGGCCGGCGGCUUCAGCUGUGUCCGCUGCAGCUGGACAGUCGACAGGUGGGACGAGCUGGAGCCGCACUGGAGGAGCCACUGCAGGAGGAGGCGGAGGAGGAGGAGGAGGAAUGAGGAGGAGGAGGAGGAGGAGGAGGAGGAGGAGGAGGAGGAGGAGGAGCUGUUGAGCUGUCCUGUCUGUCUGAAUACGCUCUCGUCCCAAAACACUGGUCUUCACUGCAGCUGCUCAGAUGGGUGGAGGGGUCUGCUGAUUGGACAAGCAGUAGGGAAGGAGGCAGAGCAUACAGACAGACAGACACCUGGCAGCCAAUCAGACGCCACCUUGAGUGUGACCAGCAUCCGUCACACGGGGUCACUGCAGAGCGUCACAGACAGGAAGAAGAGGAGGAGGAAGAAGAAUAAGACGAGAAGAAAGAAAAAACAAGAAGAAGAACAGACAGGUUUCUGCUGCUCACUGUGUCACAGGAAGUUUUCCUCUAAACUGACACUGAGGCGUCACCUGAGUGUCCACACAGGUGAGAAGCCUUUCACCUGUCCUUACUGCUCGUACUGCAGCCGCCUGAAGGGGUCGCUGCUGCAACACCUGAGGACUCACACAGGUGAGAAGCCGUACAGGUGUUCUCAGUGUUCCUAUGCGUCGAUCGAUCGCAGCUCUCUGCUCCGACACUGUCGGACUCACAGUCAGGAGAAACCGUACAGGUGUCAACACUGUGACUAUAGCAGUAUCCAGAAGAAGAGUCUGGACCUCCACGCUCGCCGGCACCACACAGGUGAAGCGUUUCCGUGUCGACAGUGUGAGUACUCAAGUGCGGACCGUCAGCUGCUGCUCAGACACGUCCGCAGACACCACGCCCCCUCCCAGCCCCCUCUAUGACCUCACAGCUGGACGAACACUCUGAUUGGACUGUUGGCUUGUGGGUGGGACUACAGAUGUUGACUGAUGUCACAGACAUUACCAGAAUGUUUUUAUUUCAAGAAAAAAUAAAACCCGAAAAGAAAAAACCUGUCUGUGUCUGUG